UGUAAUAAUGUUUAAACUCACUAAUGUCAGAUUUAACAGAACACUAAUACAGAGGUGGGUUUCCUGCAGGAGGUGAGCGCGCGCUCCGUCCGGUCGCUGGAGCAUGACGACUUCGCCUUUGAUGCGCGCGCGCUCCGCCACACUACUACUACUACUACUACUACUGCUAAUAACAGUGCACGUGUUGGCGGCUGCACCGGCGCGCGCAUCAUCACGCAACAGGUUGAGUUUUCCAAGAAAGUUCUGGAACUUUGAGGUGGGAAGUGAUAUCGCCAUGGAAACCACUAUCAAGCCCCUGACUGGUGUAAAGGAUGUGGUGCGAGAGCGCCAUUUGGUCUGGAGAGAUCUUGAGCAUAAAGAUCCCCUGCUGAGUAAUUCUCACACACCUCUCGGUCAAAUCCUCAUCCCCGAGAGACGGAAACGGGGGCGUCGCCAGGCGCUCUUCGGCUCGCGGGGUCAUGUGCACGGUCAGCUGAUGCGGGUGGGCUGCGUGUUAGGAACCUGCCAGGUCCAGACCCUGAGUUAUCGUCUCUACCAGCUGAUCAGCCAGAGGAAAAAAGAACAUUCUUCAGUCAAUCCCAGAAGUCCUCACAGUUACGGAUGAAACUCAACAGGAUGCUUCAUCUGACUCCGCCCAGUAACAAAUAGCGCUUUUCCAUUGGACAGUGUCAGUAUGUCAAUAUCCUGAUGAACUAACUGUCUCUCUCUCUACAAUGACAUGAAAGUAGGAGGAGUUUCCUGGCGGUUAAAGAGAUGAUUUAUCAUGGUGGGCAUGACUGGUCAAAUUCUGAUUUUCUUUGAUAUGAAAUUUAGAAAAAAUACAAUAUUUCUAUAUUUGUAUUUGUCUCUCUCUCAUAGGGUGAACUAAUAAAUAUGGUGAGUUUGUUACAAAAUGAAACAGGGGGUGCCAAUACUUUAAUGUUACUGAAAGCUUUGCAUGCCCUGAAGCAAUGAAUCAGCCCGAAACCAUGAUG